AUGUUGCGAAUCUGUAGGAAGAUGUUUAUUGGUGGCCUGAACUGGGAGACAACAGACCAGUCGCUCAGGGACUACUUUUCGCAGUUUGGCGAGGUUAUCGAGUGCACAGUCAUGCGCGAUGGCGCCACUGGCCGGUCACGCGGGUUUGGGUUCCUAACCUUCAAGGACCCUAAGACGGUGAACAUCGUCAUGGUUAAGGAGCAUUACUUAGAUGGCAAGAUCAUCGACCCGAAGCGGGCCAUUCCGCGCGACGAGCAAGAGAAGACUUCCAAGAUAUUCGUCGGCGGUGUCAGCCAGGAUACAACGGACCACGAGUUCCGCGAGUAUUUUGCCCAGUUUGGCCGCGUCGUUGACGCCACCCUCAUGAUGGACAAGGACACAGGCCGCCCGCGAGGCUUCGGAUUCGUCACAUUUGAGAGCGAGGCUGGCGUAGAAGCCUGCCUAGCGGCCGACCUGGAGAUCCACGGUAAGCCUAUCGAGGUCAAGAAGGCUCAGCCGCGCGGCAACAUGCGCGAGGAAGAGGAGGCGGCUCGACGCGGAGGAGGAGGAGGAGGAGGGAACGGCGGCAAGUUCGGACGCAAGGGGCAACCAGGUGGCAACGGCAACAGCGCCGCCGAUGACGGCAACGGCGGCAACCAGAACGCCAUGAGCGCCAUGGGUGCCAUGGGCGGUGCAACGGCGGGCAUGACACCGCAGCUCAUGGCACAGUACCUCCAGCGCAUGCAGCAGGCCUUUGCCAUGAUGCAGCAGCAGAUGGCCAUGAACCGCAACAUGAACCCCGCCAUGGUGCAGAUGAUGCAGAUGCAACAGAUGCAACAGAUGAUGGCACAACAGCAAGGCCGCGGCGGUCCGCAAAGCGCCAACGCCAUGGCUAUGAACCCGGCCAUGAUGCAACAGAUGCAGGCCAUGAUGCAGCAAGGCGGUGCCGGCAUGGGCCAGGGCGCCGGCAUGCUACAGGGAGGCAUGGGCCAAGGCGGCAUGGGCCAGGGCGGCAUGAGCCCAGUAAGCCAGGGAGCUGGACCGGGUAACCAAGGCAGCGCCAACCGUCCGGGAUACAACGCGUUCGAGCAGCAACAGUUUGAGCUGCAAAAGUACGACCAGCGCCGCGGCGGCAACCGGGAGCAACAGCAAAACUACAACCAACAAGCCGCAUACAUGGGCGGCGGUGGACCGACUAGCUGGGAGGGUAUGUACGACGACGUCCCGCAGCCCAUCAUGGCGGGCGGUGGAAGCAACUACGGAGGCGGCGGUGGUAGCCAGGGCGGCAGCCAGAGCGGCGGUGGUGGUGGUGGUGGCGGCGGACGCGGCUUCCACAAGAACCGGGGCCACCAGCAGCACUCUCCAAGCCCCGUAGAUCCGGCCAAUGCGCCACCAGCCAACGCACCAACCGGCCCCAAGAACGCCGGCAAGCCCGGUGCCAACUACCGCGGGGGCGGACGUGGCGGAGGCAGCAACCGCGGCUUCCACCCUUAUGCUCGGGGCUAG